CGGGAGAGUUUUUCUCGCGCGCGACUCCUCUGCAGCGGAAAGGGCAGUGUCAGGUUCUCUCGCGCCGGGACUGUCCGGCGCCGUCGCUCUUCUGUGUCUCCCCGUCUUCUGCGCGUCUCCUCUGCUUUUUUCGCGAAGCCGCGCCCGGUUCUCCUCGGCGCGACUCGCAGCUCUUCGCGGCCUUCGCCUGUCUCGCCGCCUUCUCCCGCUUCUGGCUGUGAGUCUCCGCGCCUUGGUGGAGAUGACGACGCGGCUCCUGGGUCUCUGGAGACACAAUGAUGUGACUCACGAGGACUGCAAGUUGACGACGUCGACGUCGACGUCGACUCUCCGGUUGAUCCUCGUGCGACAUGCGGAAUCGACGAACAAUGCGUUGUUUCUCAAGUUGCGCGACGAAGCUCUCUGCAGCACCCGGGCGGACCCGCUGCUGAAUCUUGAGGAGCUCUUCGAGGCACACCGGGAAGUGGAUCCCGGUUUGAGCGAGCGCGGGAAGGUCCAGGCUGCGCUGCUCGGUCUGCAUUUUCGUUCGUACCUCUCAAACUGUCACUCGCUUCCCGGCGAGCUCUCCGGCUCGGCCUCUCUGCAUUCCUCCUCGACGGUCUCGUCCUCGUCCUCCUCGUUUUCUUCUUCCUCUUCUGCGUCUUCUGCUUCACUGAGCGUCGCCUCUGAGGCUUCGCUUGCGCCGGCGAGUUUCGACAGCGAUGGCGACGUGCGUUGGCAGGAAGCAGGGCAAGCUCGCGAUCCCCCGUCUCGUCGCUCGGCGAAUGGGAUGGGAGUUUCCGCGCCGCGACCCUCUGCUCAAGAGAGCAACGGAACCAAGGAAGGCGAAACCGGCGAGGCAGGUAGUGGCGACUCCGUCGACGGUGUCAGAGUGAUGAUCUCGCCGUUACUGCGGACAAUUCUCACUGCUCUUCCGGUUCUGGACAACCUAAACCUGAAACAGAAGGACUGCGUUCUCGAUCCCGACCUGUACGAAGUCGGAGGCCUCUACAAAGUCUGUCGCCAGGGGAAUCAGGCUCCCGUCUGCAUUGCCUAUCGAGGGUGCACGAAGCGAGAAUACGAAGAGAAAUUUCCUGGACGUCUCUGCGCACCUGAGAGCAUUGCAAACGGCUGGUACAACCAGGAACGAGGCAAAGAAGGUCCUACAGAGGCUCGCGCUCGAGCGCACCGCGUUGCGGAAAAAUUUUGGAGGCUCGCAGAGACAGCAGAGGCGGAGAAUCUCAAGGCAGUAGUUGUCUUUAGUCACGCGCACUUUCUAGAUCUGUUGAUGAAGGCUUUGUGUCCGGCUGACGAGGGAGAAGAAGGCUCGGCUGUCGCGUUCGCUUCUCCGCUGUGCAGUCGGGGAACUCCGGCUGUCAAGUCGCCCCGCGUUGAGGCGACGAAGGUCCAGACCAACUUCCUCCUCCACAACACAGGCGUGACGUGUGUGCGCCUCGUGGUGUCUCUACAUGCUGCCCGCUCUGCAGAACAACCUGGUUCGUUUCUGAAGGCGCAGCGGCGUCUAGCGACGGCCUGCGCUUCUGCGAAGAAGUCUCGAACCGUCGUUGUCGAGUGGAUGAAUCGCCUGGACCACCUGGACAGUUUUUUGCCCCAGUGAGGACGCGAGUUUCGUCCUCUUUUCUGCGUUGACUUGUUGCUUUUCUGGAAGUCGACAGGAAAUCGUUGUCAUAUCUUCCCUCUCAAAUGCCAUUCCCGCGCGCGGGGAAAUUUUCGACUGCGCGCGGCUGGGGACGUUUGUGAUGCCUAGGUUUCUCUUCGGCAACGCACAGAGGCUUCUCUCGACCGAAGGCAAAUGUCGUCUGCUUGUAUCGAUUUGCUUUCCACGUGUAUGCACUGGUAUUUCCGCAUGCAUGUAUAUGUACGUAUGCGUUCAUGUAUAUGUAGCUUGAAGUAGGUCAAGACCGAGGCGCUUCUCCAUUGUCGUAUGUGUACACCUCUGAACGCUUCUGUAUAUACCCUCGAGAGCAGGCAAGCGUAGAGAGACAGUCCUCGGUGAACACAGUUUCCCUGCCUGCUCGCGUGCAGGUCAACGCAUGCGCCUCUCUCUAAGUGAACGCUUCAAAAAUAGAAGACCCUGGCGAAGAGACGUCGAUGCAUUUUUAACUCCACCCGUUUGCAUCCACGCGCAUGCCGUCUGCCUCGUGCUCGUCGCUCGGCCUGCGAGUCGACUUCGACAUGCGAGCGAGUUUGAGAGCUGCUUUCUUGGCGCUGUUACCACCCCUCAAGAAGGCGCAAAUUUGGGCGCAAUGCAGCGGUGACUCUGUCGCUUGUUUUUCUGCCCUGUUUGCUUGUGCAAAUGGCGAGGGUCGCUCCAGGCGCGCUGGCGUCGCAGGCCUUGCUUCUCACUCCGUCCCUGCAUAGGGAGUUGUACAAAGGGACUUCGGUCCGUCUCGAGGACUGCACCCGCCGACAGGUUGCUCUGCGUUUGCCACUUCGUUUCGAGGAGGUUGAAACAUGUUUUUUGUCUCAAGUGUCGCGACGAGAUGUUUCCUUCGGCUUUCUACCGCUUCCCGCAGCCGCUUCUCGUUUAAGUGGCCGUGCAAAACAGCAGUCCAGAACAGGGGGUUGGUUUCUGGCCGAGAAAUGAUCAGUUCUCGUACCCACCCAUGCGAUGCCCCACUCGAUGUCGUCAUUG